UCGCACAUAAUGAAUAAUGCUAUUAAUAGUGAAGAAAACUUGGCAUUUCAAAAUACUUUUGAAAAACUUAGGUAAUUGAUUAUAUAUGAAUUUUUGCAGAAAAAGAAAAACUAAUCGCCCUUCACGUUAUCAGAAAGUCGAUGAGACCAUUAGAUAAUAAAUUAUAGAUUAAGCUUGUAAUAAAGGAUAGCCAUUAAGAUAAGUAUUUCUAUUUUUAUCUUUCAGAUUGCUCAUAACCUUGGUAUAAAAUAUUCAACUGCAAAAGCAAUAGUCUAAGUGUACCAAAAUGAGGGAAGAAUUGGUAAAAAACGAACAAGAGAUAAACGAAUAUAUUAAGAGAUUGAAACCUUCAUAAUAGUCGUUCAUAAGUAAUCAGGAAAAAUUGAAAAAGUUAAGCUUAAGUCUGAGUGUAGUGAUGUAAAAUCAAAUUUUCAAUAUGCUAAACUCAAGUAUAAACAUGAUAUAUAAUGCUUUCAGUCUUGAAGAAGCCCACUAUUCUUAACUUGCCCAAUACUUUGGAGAAUAUAAUCUUCAAUAAGAAGACGAAGUAAUAGCCUCACAAAAUAAAACCUUACUGAACAUUGUGAAAAUUUUAAAUGAAUAGUACUAAUAAUUUUAGCACAUUCCUGAACAACAAUGA